CGUGACAGUGGUGCCGCUGGCUGGGAACAGGAUGCUGACAGGCCGAGCAGACGCAACGAUCCAACGGAGAAAACCCGCAGCAGCAUCCUUUGUUUUCAGGAGCAGCAUAUUCAGAUUGUGUGGCGAGCUGAAAAGAGAGUUGACGGGGCUGAGAAGAGGCAGUGAGGCUUUCAUUUCCUGCCAUCCUCUGCCUUUCCUAGGGCCCUGUGGAAGCACUCAUCCACACCACUGUCCUCACUUCUCAGUACUCUCUUACCUCCUUUCCAUUGUGUCACUGCUCUCCCUCUCUCUUUUCAUCAAUUUUUCUGUCCAUCUUGCUUGAUGAAAAGUUCCAAACCUAAGAACCACAGACUAAUAGAGACCUCUCAUCAAAGACCAGUGAAGAGCUGCUAACAGAGACUUUCCUUCACAUGCAAUGCAGUAGAAUAUUUGACUGGAGUACCAGUAAGUCUGGCUCAGGCAAUGAGGAGGGUCAGGAGCUUCAUCUCAUUCUAAACUUUCUCGUCUCCACCUUGAGUCUUCAUGUUUUGGGGGUCCUGCGGCUUCCCUGCCCUCCGUCGAACCCCCCACACAUCCAGCCACCACGGCCGGCCACCCCAGUCGCCUUGUUGCCAUGCCGACAGAGACACUUCCACAAGACCUGCCAGAUAGCAAGGCUGCUGGCCCCGCAACAGCCUUCAAUUCUGCUGUACCCCUCCGUAUACUCAACAAGGGCCCUGACUACUUCAGAAGACAGGUGGAACCUAACCCAAAGCGCCUAAGUGCUGUUGAGAGACUAGAAGCUGAUAAAGCCAAGUACGUCAAGAGCCAGGAAGUUAUCAAUGCCAAGCAAGAGCCUAUCAAACCACCCGUGCUGGCAAAGCCUACUGUCUGUCACCCACUGCUGGCCAAGAGAGGCUCUGGGAUUGGUGGAGGAGGAAAUGGAGGCGGGAUACCUUUCAAAGCAUCGAAUAACAAUGCAAAGUCAGACACAUGUGCAACAAGCAGUGGCGGCAGUAAACGGGAUAAUUUAAACCUGGAGAUACUCAAAAAUCUCCUAAAUUCAUCGUCCUCUUCGGGCACUGGACCUGAAGGACUAGGAGGUGGAGCUAAGAGUGCUGUACUGAUGAGGUCAUCGGGGGAAAUGGCCAAGAGUUGGAUGCCAUCAGGGAUCCCAUUAACAUACCGAUCUACAAUGACACUUAAUGAGCGACCUCCAAACUCAGGUCCCAGUCCAAGCACCUCACACUCUCUCCGUUCCUUCUCCCAUUCCCUGAAGGUCCCCCCGAUCAACAGCGGGGGACGUCAUAGUCCACAACCAGGAGGAAACCUCAACCUCAGCAGACGAGUCCUGGAUGAACGAGGAGGCAAGGGAGUCGUUGAUCGCUCUCGUUCUCCACUACCGCCUCUGCUCACCUCCCACUCCUCCUCUGACCUCUUGCGACUGUGCAAUGGCAAGCCCCUCCGCACUGCCCGAUCCAGCAGCUCCUCAGCUCCUCCCCUCCCUCCAAAACCUAACCCUGCAUCCCUUCCUCCUCCCACACUUUCCUUGUCAUUGCGUCCCCCUCAACCAAAUCCAUCUGCUUCACCCUGUGACAACACCACCCCUCAAUCGCUACCUUGUGAUCUUGGAGACCCUUCCAAUACUUCAAUCAAUCCCCACCUGGAGGUAGGGCUUGGCUCAUCUGUAGCUUGUCGCUCCUCACUACACAGAUCUAAAUCAGACCUGUCAGACCGGUAUGCCCGGGCUGGAGCUGACGUGGAACGCUUUUUUAACUACUGUGGCCUCGACCCAGAGGAGCUAGAGGCAGUUGGUCCAGAGAAUUUUGCACGAGCCAAUUCAGACAUUGUCAGCCUGAACUUCCGAUCAGCUUCUAUGAUCUCCUCUGAAUGCGACCGCUCACGGCAAUCCUCCAAUGAUGGAUUGUCAGAUGGGGAUGAGGGUGGGGACAAGGAGGAGGAGGCUGGAGAGCGUGUGCCGUAUGGGAUCUCAGCUGUGGAACGUAAUGCAAGAGUCAUAAAGUGGCUUUACAGUAUCAAGCAGGCAAGAGAGACACAAAAAGUGUCACAUGUUUAGGACAAGCAGUACAGAAAAACUGCCCUGUGUUUUAGAAUGGAUAGAUGGAUUAUUGAAUGGAUCAAAUAGAAAGUCUGGCAGGUCUAUCCAAACUAGGUGAGGAAAUAAAUGAAUAGAUUAAGAAACAGACUCUUAUCAUCCAAGGUCUAGAUUAACACCAAGGAAAUGUAGGGAAAUAUGAAUGGAUGGAUAGGAACAUAAUCAUAUAUUCAAACAAAUAAACAAAGGACAUAUAAAUAAGUAAACAGUUUCCCUAUGGAUACAGUUUAAACCGACAGACACAUAAGUCCUAGGACCCAUUAAACCACAUCUUCACCAUAAUGGAUUACAGGCCUUUCUCACAGAGUACAUUUUGGCUGGUCAGACAGGGGUAGAGGGGGGUAAAGCGGUCAUUCUCUAACAGAGGGUUGGCACUGCGAUCCCAGCCUUCCCCAUUCCGCAUGCCAAAGUGUCCUUGGGCAAGAUACUGAGCCCCAAAACUGCCCCUUUUCAUAGAGAAAGUGUUGCAAUAGAUGCCCUGUAUGAAUGUGUGUGUGAAUGGGUAAAUGACAAAAACUAAACUGUUAUGCGCAAAAAUAGAAAAGCGCAAUAUAAAUACAGACUAUUUCAUUUUAGUUGCAGGCUGGUUUCUAAAUUUUUUUCCAAAUACAAUCAUUGCCCAUAUCUCUGAUGCGUUCUGUGAGUUGAUAGCCCUGAUUCUUUGCACAUUCACGGCUGUUUCCCCAGUUGGAGAAAUUGGUGACCAUUCAAAGCAUUUGAAGUGGGACUGUAAAUAGAGACAUCAUCUAAAUAUAGUGGCUUCAGGAAGAAUUCAGACCCCUCACUUUUUGGGAAUUUUUUCUAGUGUUUUGUUGAUUCAGUUUUAAAUGGAUUGAAUAAAAAAUAUACUGUCAGCGUACUAAUCCAGCUAAUGAUUCAUAAUGACCAAGUGAAAACAUGUUUUUUUUAAUUUGUUCGUUAACUUGUUCAAAGCUGUCUUCAGACAAAUUUGUGUCCGGACCAUCUCCACGAUUAGCCUUUCACACAUGAUCAGCGCAGGGGGAGUUCUCUCCUCAGACCCGUUAACAACAGCAAAAAAUCCUCUGCGGGAUUCAGGGGUGGGGCUGGAGACAGAGGCAGUAAGUAACACGUUCAUUCUGCUAUGGAGUUCAGGUGAUUUUGUAUACAGCACAUGGACACCACGAACUUGCUUGAUCGUCUUCAUUGUCUUCUACAUGUAUGGCUCCACUUUUUAAUCAUGACAUAUAUGGUUUCCUUUCGUUUUUUUUGCGUCUGUUGUGUGUUAGAAGCAUCAUCGGUACAUCAUACUAAAGUAAUAGAGCUAAAGUAUAGUGCGAUUUGUCCCUUCUGAAUUACGGAUGUUGUCCAGUUGUUGGACUGAGCAACAGGUAUUAGUUCCACUUGUGCUUUUCUUGCAAUGACAUGCCAAAAAGUCCACUUUGGAAAAGGUCCUGCACUCUUAGAAAAACAGAUAUGGAAAUCUAUCUGUCAAAAACUAGAAAGCACUUUGGAAAGACAGCUUUGGGAAGCUACUAGAUAGUUGUUAUAGGUGACUGUUAAAUGAUUAAUUGAGGGUGAGAGGGUUUGAGGGGGGGCGGGGCACUCAAAACAGGUCAAUCUGAGGAGGUUUUAGGUAAAAAGGUGCUGUUUUUAAAUGAUCCUUGUGGUAUUUUGACCAAAAUAUGUUACAGACAUUUCAUUAAGACCCCAAGGAACCAUAGCAACUGUGGUAAAAUGGGCAAACGAAGGGUCCUUUAACUAUAUUACUUUUAACUGGUAAUAUAGAUAUCAAAAUUACUCAUUUAAUGCUUUAAAGUGUGUGAAGAUUGAGUGACAAAGAAAAAAAGAGGCAGUGAGAGGUUAAGACAGAUAGACACAUGAUAUAAAAUGUAAUAUCUCAAACAUACUUAUCCAUACAGCGUUAAGGUAUUUGUGCUAACCAGCCAAUUUUUAUUAACAAUGUUCUUAUCAACCUGUUAAUUUUAAAGCAAUUCAACAUUGCACUGGAGAGUUUUAGUGUCCUAUGAUGAGAUUUUGUUAUUCAGUGGCUGUACUACACUGACAAUAUUCAGAAUGCAUUCACAAUUUGGUUAAAGGUAGAAAAUAUUGUUUACAAUGUAAUGGAUCACUUAAGGCUCUACUUUAGUGAUUCACUUUACUUGUUUGGUCCACUUAGCUUCUGGUCAGUCUGACAUAGUAGAUAUGUAAUGAAAAUAGCAUGGCAUUUAAAGAUAAACUGCUCUUAAAUGUGUAAGGCUACCAGUCUCUUAAAACUCAGAAAGGUUUGACCCUGAUCAUAUGAUAAUUUCCCUGAUUCAUGUUAUCUGAACAACGCAGUCCAGUUGCAGUCUCCCUCAGUCAAGGUCA